GAAGUCCAAACGAUCUAAACAGAAAACAAGAUGGCAUCACACCCGGGAGGAGGCGACCAAGGAAAUGGCAAAGAUCAGCUACUGGAAGUAGGAAAUGUUUUGUUACAGGACUUCAUCUAUGAGCGGGUUCGGCGACAUGGAGACAGCAAUACUGUAGUGACAAGAGCACAGCUGGGUGGAGGAGAGCUGUGUGACCCAAAACACAAGAAGCUUGGUCAGUGCCUGCAGCAGAUUGGAGAUGAGCUGGAUGGAAAUGUCGAGCUCCAAAGGAUGAUCAAUGACUCUUCACUCAGUCCCACAAAAGAUGUGUUUUUGAAAGUUGCUAUUGAGAUCUUUUCGGAUGGAAAAUUCAACUGGGGCAGAGUGGUUGCACUGUUCUACUUUGCCUGUCGACUCGUCAUUAAGGCUCUCUUAACCCAAGUUCCUGAUAUCAUCAGAACCAUUAUUUCGUGGACCAUGGACUACCUCCGGGAACAUGUGAUCAACUGGAUCAGGGAGCAGGGUGGCUGGGAGGGUAUUCGUUCCCACUUCGGCACCCCCACAUGGCAGACGGUGGGAGUUUUCUUGGCAGGCGUUCUCACCACUGUUCUAGUCAUUCGCAAGAUGUGAGGGGUGUGUGAAGAGCUGACAGAAGAAGGAUGGAAAGAACUAUGACUGAGGGAAAUGGGAACAGGAACUGAAGCAUAAAGAAAACGUCUGAAGGGCAACAGCAAAAACUUAUGGCAGAGUGAAUAGGUUGAACAGGAAGAACUUGUAGCGGGAGAACCACUUCAUUUCUGCCUCCCAUUCAUGUGGAAGGAUUCGGAGUCGGACUGGAAGCGCUGUCGUACCUAUGAUCCCUGUGCCACUGAGGAGCUGUGCAUGAUUACGUGCACAAAAUGGGAGGGUGGAGAAGUUGUCAGACCUGAGCAAGGAAUGCAUUUUAAGUAAUUUAUUUUUUACUUGGUACAGAUUUAAGAAGAAGUCACUGCAUUCUGUUUUUUUUUUUUUUUGUUUUCUGCCCUAAAAUAUAUAUUGACAGAAAUGUUUUGAUUAAAAUAAGAAGUUCCUCUGUGUUAUUUUAGUUGUAGUUCUGUUCUUUUCCACUCAACUUGCUUUUCUGAUCUUCCCAUCCUCUCCAUCCAUUUCACGAUGGUGUCUGUAUGCUAGCAAAUCCAUAAUCAAAUGUAUUUGUGAGUGUUCACUGGUGUAAAUCUACAAUGAUCUGUGGGCAAUAAGGGUGUUCGAUGGUGGUCUCGUCCUAUCAAGUUAAAGAGAUGUUUUGGCAAACAGUGAAAACAAACAAGAUAAUGAGGUUUAUAAAGAGAACUUUAAAACUCCUGUUGUGAAAUAUGGUAUUUAAACAAUCCCAAUUAAUCCUCCCCUCCUGUAAAUGAACAGCUCAGCUUUAUUUCAAAGAAUAGUAACAGUGCCACACCAGGGACUUGUGUACAAAGUUAUGUUUACAUGUAACAUGAUCAUCUCAUGAUCUAGAGGUCAUAUGAUCUCAGCAAAAAUGCGACAGACUGAAAAUAUAAAUUGUGUAACUCUCAAUCAUAUGCCAUUUUGUGGCAUUUUGGCCAACCUUGUGAUCGUAACGUGGUUCCCAAUAAGAUCAAUUUUUCCUCUUAUUUUUUCUUGUGUUGUUGAACGGAGCUGCAGGUCAUGAACUGACCUUGCCUUUGGUCUAUGGUAGAAGCAGGGCUGCAGACACAGCAAGCUAUGGAUUGCUCACAGACACUUACCUCACUUUACACAUACUCAAAGUACUGUAUUUUUACGUGAGUUAUUCAGACUGCAACCUUAUCUACACAGCAAAAGGCUUUUUAUACAUUUUUCUUGUUUGUCAGUGCCUUGGUGGGUUUUUUUUUUUUUACACAAUGAAAUCACUUUGAUAUUCUGGAGUUUUCACCUUUUCUAUCAUAUUUGUAAAGCUGAAAUUUGCUUCAAGUCUCCUGGAAAAUCUUUUUUGCAGUGACCUUGGAUGUUGUAAUAUGAAAAAUAAAUCUUUUAAUUCUUUCUGUA